UUUUUCGAACGUUUUCCCCUUUUCCAUCGAACGCUUCGAUCAAAAGCAGCGACUCCGGCUUCAACUGAAACGAUUCGAACGUUUUGUACCACGUGACCCAUCCGAGUGGUUGGAUUCGAACGAUUGGGAAGAUUCGAUUGAUUUUUGUUUAUCUUCCAGCAAUGGCGUACAAAGUGUAGCGGCCAGAAAUCGCUAUCGCCGAUGACAAAUACUUUGCUAUAUUCGCAUCCGCAGUUGAUUUGCAGAUGCUGUCCACUUGCACCUUCUCAACGCUGGAAUCUUCCAAGGGGGGCAGGAGAAUGGAAUUCUUCCAAAAGUUUCAGUUCCCAAGAAAUUUGAAUAUGACGGACGGAAUGCAACUGAUCAAACAAAGGUGCAAGUACCUACUGGGUUCCCUACUUGAACAGAAGAGGUAAAUUUGCUGUGAAUAUCAAAUUAUUCUUCGUUUUAUAACUUCGUGGAUCAUCCUUCUAUGACUGAAAUCAAACAACGAUCUGUUUUUAUACACGUUGAUGUUCCAGGACAAGAAGAUCAUGCUCCAGACUUGCCUAAUGACUUUGUAUUUCCAACCAUUCAGACACUUGGAGAAGAUCUAGUCACAGUACUUGAUCAACUAAAGGUCAAACUAGUGGUUGGAUUUGGAGAAGGUGCUGGAGCAAAUGUUCUUGUCCGGUUUGCCUUGGCUCAUUCCUCUCGCGUCUUAGGUCUGAUUUUGAUUCAUUGUGUUGCAACGGGUGUUGGGAUGAUGGAGUACUUCAAAGACAAAAUUAUGAACUGGAAGCUUCAAAAUGUUGGAAUGAAUCCUUCCGCGGAACAAUAUUUAGUUUUGCACAAGUUUGGAGCUCAACUAGAAAAUGUUGACAACAAAGAGAAGUUAAUUCAAGAUUUCACGGAGAAGCUGAAGCGAAAAAUAAAUCCCAGAAAUUUGAGGCGUUAUGUCGAAGCCUACAUGAACCGAAAAGACAUUAUGGCUCUUAUCGAUGCAAACUUAAAAGGAAUGGACGUUCUGUUGGUAUCAGGUGGCAAAGCGGCUCACACCCAAGCUGUAUUAAGCAUGUACAUGAAAAUGGACAAACAAAAAACAUCCUUUCUAAAAGUGGACAGUGCAGGAGACGUUCUGAUGGAAGCACCGGAAAAGCUUGCUCAGAGUUUACACCUUUUUGUCAAAGGUCUUGGCUUCUUAACUUCUGUGACAUUACCUGGCGUCGAAAGACAGAAAGCACACCCCAGUGGAGGUAUUAUUCACAAGACUUUAGGAUCAGUCGGUCGAAGAAGAACUUUGUCUAUGGAAGACUAUGAUUUGCCAAGACCAAGAAGAACUUCAUUAACUGGAAAUCAAAACUGAAAUUUUCUUCUUAUUUUUUUCUUUUCUUUCUUUUUUUUCUUUUGUUUCUUUUCUUUUUCAAAAAGAAAAAUGUUAAGAUUGUAAUACAUUUGCAGCUGAUUCUUAUCUGAACCAUCUUUUCUGAAACUGAUUUACUGUAUUUGAAUAUGUUUUGCGAACGAUUCAUGUUUUAGCAUUCGUUAAAAAAAAAAAAAAAAAAAAAAAAAAAAAAAAAAAAAAAACUUAUUAGUUACGUUUAAAUGGAAAAUAGUGAUGAAAAAACACAGCGAAAUUAUCUCUGCAUAUUAAUCACUAUAAAUUUAUUUUCAUGAUCUUUCACUGAAGUAAUAUAUUGGCGAACAGUUUGAGAAAAAUAUAUUCAAUUAUUCAUGCAUAAUUUUGACCUGAGCGUUAACUUUUCAGCUAAAUACUCAUUUAAAAGCAUGUAUUAUUUUUACUUAGUAAACAGGAAGCAUAAAAAUGUUUUUUCCCCUCUAAAGAAAAUCAAAUUUCACCCUAGAAAUGUUAUAGAAAUUUAGUUGCUGUACGCUUAAAAUGUUUACAAAAUGUUUUAAAAUUUGAUAUCAGUUUUAAAAUUUUCAAGUAAAAAUGGACUGCAAAAUGUUAGCAAAAACAAACAUUGAUUCGUUUUAUAAAAUAUACGAAUUUAAAUAUUUGUAAAACUGGAAGAUUUAUCAGACAAAGCAAUAUUUUCAUGCAUCUAAGGAAUUCACUGAUUGAAAGGCGCUAGUAAGGCAAAAGUUUGAAUACUGUUGGUAAAUUAUUUCAGAGUGCAAUAGGAAAUUUAGUAGUAUCAGUAGUAAGUAGCCGCUGUAACGUUUCAUUUUGCAACAAAAUGAGCAAAUAUAAUAAAUAAAACUUUCAUUCAAAUAGGAAAUUGAACUCAUCUUUGACAUUCCAUAUCUCAAUAGUGAAAGUGUGAGGGGGAAGCUCAAAGCGAUGAUUCUGAAUUAUAGAUUUUCUCGUAAAUAUUAUAUUAUAGUGCUAAAUUCAAAUAUUUUUUCCAAAUUACUCUACAUCAUUGUUACAAUACAAUUAUUCUUUACCCAUCUAUAUAAUUACACAUAUAUAUAUAUAUAUAUAUGUAUUUAUAUAUUAAAGAAUUUAACAGAUUUGUGAUGAGUGUUCAUCAUCAUGAUCAUGUUGAGAGGUCAAUAAUGUAAAUGUUUCUGACGUACAUGUAUAUGAAUUUGUACUUUGGCUUUUCCAAUGUUCCCUGUUGAUUUUAUUCACUAGAAUACAUACACGUUAUUAACCUUCUCGGCAGUGAGCCCGAAUACACUUGGACUGUUCAAUGUAGUUGAACAUUGAGUAGACGUGACUUUGACGCCAAGAAGGUUAAUACGUUGGAGCAGUUCAUUCGAAACUUUUUCUGCAUUCUAUUCUAAUGGUAAUUUAAAAACAUUAAUUUGUUUCUGCCGUUGAAUUAGUUAAAUUCAUAAUACAUAUUAACUUAAUUUAACCUUUCUGCGUCAUAAUCAAUAAUUUAAAUAUAUAAAUUAUUUUCUUGAUUUAUGCAUUUUGUGUGGUACGUAAACUUGAGAUUUAAAUUUAAAGUUUUCGCCAACAAUUAAUUUCAGAAAAAAAAAGAUGUGUUGUAUAAAUAGUUAAUUAAGAAUUUUUUUCUGCCAUUUUUGGACAAAAGUUCUAGAAAAGGGGGACCACAUAUGAAACAAAAUUCCCCAUUUGAUUAGAAUUACUUCCUGAAGAAGAUAACAUAUCAAAUUCUUAAAAUAUUAAACACCUUUUCAGUACAGAGGUCAUAUAAACAAUGGCUUAAAAUUUUUAAAUGUAUUUAAACAAUUUACCUGCGCCAAUUGCGCAAUUUAAAGCUUCACAGUUGUCUUUUGAGCAAAACACAUUGAAAACUGAUAGUUGAUGCAGGUCUCAAAAAUGAGCUUGAAAAUAUUGUCUUGUAAACUAGGAAGGGGGGGGGGCUUCCUCUUCUACUUUUUGAGCUUCAUCGCUUAAAGAAAAUGAUGAGGAAUUUAAGAUCGAAACUUUAGCAUGUAAGCGCAAUUUUCUGCUAAGAAGGUUUUUAACGUUCAUUAAAAAAUAACAAUGAACAAUUUUUUAGAACAGUUAAAAGAAUCAGCGAUCAAAUGAAUCAUUCCAGCACAGAUCUAACACUCGAAAAAAUAAAUUUGAAUUACUCAAAAACUAAACGCACAAUGUUUAAUAAAAUAAAAUUAAAUGUAUAUUUUUAAGAGAAAAGUUCACAACACACUUUCUUUCGAAUACUCGUCCACAAUAUUUGAUUAAUUUAUUGUCUCACACGCUUGGGUAUUUGAACCGUAAUUGGGCUUUGAAGAUGUUCAAACAUUAUUUGUGCUGGAAUCAUUAAAAUAAAUGGCAAAAAUUAAGUUUUGAAAGGCUUUAGGGAAGAAAACUAUCAGUUUUCUAAAUUCAUUCUGUCAGUAGAAGUUAAGAAAAUCCAGGUGCUUAAAACCGAUCAGUGAGUUAAACUAGUCAACUUUAUCACUCCUUUAGAAAUAAUAGAAACCAUCUUGCUUGUAAGAUGUCAGUUCAAUAGAGAAACGUAUAAUAACAUACUGAAAUAAUCUAAUAUCUCUUGAUUGCAUUAUACAUAGUUUUUUUUAGCAAGUAAAGUCAAUAUACUAUCUCGUACUCUUUUGCAAGUGAAAAUACCUGAAAAAAUAAGUAAAUAAAUAAAUUACUUAACUACAACAGGAAUAAUAAAUGUACUAAAUAUAACCAUCGCAAACUAGAGUGGUAUGAAAUUAAUCUAUAUAUUUGAACUUUACCACCCCUUCAAAAAACAAAACCAGUUACAGCUUCUUGAUUCAGUAACCAUAGUUCUCAACAUCGACUAGUUUGAAUAACAAAAGCUGUCAUACAUGGUAAUGGCAUUUUUUUUAUUCAAUCAAUAUUAUAUUUUUAUUACGACAUUACUAUUUUACUAACUUUUAAAUCGAAAGGUAGUUAAUAUUUCAGUUUCAAUAACACAUGCAGGUCCAAUAUAUCGAGCUAUUUCGCUAAGAAAUCGUUUGAUAUAUAGUAAAGUGUUUUCACGUUGAAAUGUAAGCCUUUUCUUCAAUUAACUUACUAGUAUAAAAAGGGAAUGCUUCAGCUAUAGUUUCUAGUUUAGUUGAAUAAAACUGAAAUUCUUCGAUUAUGUCUAAGUAAGAAUGCAUAAUUGCACAAUGCAAAAAUAAAUUUCAACAAUUAUUAUUUACUUAGAUACUACUAUUUAUAAAUGAAGAUUAAUUACUGCAUCCUAAUGUGCAUUUUAUUUUUUUAAGACAAAUUGUACAUUGAACUUUGUACUUAGUUUUUAACAUAGUUCUAGAAAGAUUUUAUGAAAGACUUUUCUAAAGCUUGCAUACCAAAAAUAUUUUGAUCUUGCUGUUGAAGAAUUUUUGUUGAAAUUAUAAUUUUAACGUUUGACUUUAUAUAAGCUUAAAUUUAGUGGUUUUAACUUUUAUUAAAAUGUUAAUAAAUUUUAUAAAAUUGUUACACAUUUCAAAUUUUACAUGAAAAAAAUAAGAAAUUAAGUAUUAUGUUGCACUUAACUCUUUAAAAAAAUAAUUUAUGUAUGCUUUCGUGUACAUUAUUCCUGCCAAUCAUGUUUUAAAUCUUCUAAAAAUCUUGGAUGCCAAUUAUUUGAAAUUUUUCGUGCUACAGUUUUGUAAAGUAGUACUUUUAAUGUUUAAAAUUUUUCUAUAAGUAUUUGAUGUCAAUAAAAUUUGAUGUUUGGAAAAAAAUCUCAUGCAUCAAUUUUGCUAAAGUAAGUUCAUGUUAAGGACAUUUUUACUUCCCAAAGAAUUUGAAUUUAAUAGUACCUAACAAAGUGUAAAAGAAUAGUUUUUAAUGCGUCACAUAAAAAGCAAAGCCACUUAAGCAAUAUAUCUAAAUUUUGCGGAAUUGAGUAGUUGAUAUUUCUUUUAUAUAAAAUUGUUGAUCUGGAACAAAGAACUUUAAAUGUCUUUUAAGAGCAUUUUUAUAUAAAAUUUUGUUUCUGUUAAAUAUACAGAUAUAUAUUAUACAUGCAUAUAUGGACGCUUUUAUCGUGCUUAAUGUUGUUGUGCAAAAUAUAUGCGAGAUAUUUAUUUUUAUUAUGAUUUUUGAUACUAUUUUUGGGGGGAACAUUAUUAUUGUGCAGAUAUGUAAUACUUUUCUGAAUGUGUAAUCCACUCUUGUGUUAGAAGAAGUGUAGUUGUUCUGUCUGAAAAUAUUACUGUACCACUUCUCCAUAUGCAUUAAAGUGCUGAGUAUUUUUCAGUACAAUACUGGAAUAUACUAUUUUAAGUUCAUCAAAGAUAAUAUUUUAGCAGGUAACGAGAACACUAGAAACUAAAUGUUUUGCAUGUAGUGUGGCUGACCAGUUUUGCUUUAUUCUUUGUAAAAAGGAAUAGUCUCUUAAAUUUGUGACAAUAUUUAAAAUAUUUUUUUUUUUUUGAAUGUCUUGAACUGUUAUGUAUCACUGAAAUAAAUUAUUGUUUUUCUGUACUGCUAUUGAAGAAAUUAAUAAAUUUAUUCAAA